AUGGCUCCAGAACGCCCCCAGCCCAAGUCCAAACUUCAGGAGUUCUUCCCAAACACCAAGCUCCCCAUCAUCAUCUCAGCCCCCAUGCUCGGCAUCUCAAAUGGAACCCUAGCAGCACACGUAUCCAAGGCCGGCGGCUUCGGCAUGGUCCCCGGCGGGUUGGACUUCAAACCCGGCAGCGCUCAAGUUGCCGCCCUUGAGAACGAGCUCAAGACCGCCCGCUCGGUGCUGGGGCUGACCGAGAUGACCCUUACGCCCGCGCCGGUCGGCGUGGGCUUCCUGACCUUCGACCAGUCCGUCGUCCACUUCCGCCAGACCGUCCUGCCGAUUCUGGAGAAGUACCUGCCCCAGGCCGUGUGGCUGUUUGCGCCUGAUCAGAAGGCCGCCGAGAGGGCACACCCUGACAUCAUCGAGGCCUGCCAUGACCACGGGAUCAAGGUGUUUGUGCAGGUCGGCACCGUGGCUGCCGCGAGGGAGGCUGCGAGAGAUGGGGCGGAUGUCAUUGUGGCGCAGGGCGUCGAUGCUGGCGGGCAUCAGUUCGCCGCGGGAGCGGGAGUGGUCAGCCUUGUGCCGGAGAUCAGGGCUAUGUUGGAUGAUGACUUCAUGGGCAAGGACAUCGCCUUGGUAGCCGCUGGUGGAAUUUCAGAUCCGAGUGCUGUAGUGGCUGCGAUUGCCUUGGGAGCUGAUGGUGUUGUCAUGGGCACGAAGUUCAUCCCCGCGAAGGAGUCGAACGCACCGGAACACAAUAGGAAGGCCAUUCUCGAGACCCGAGAUGGAGGGAGCACAACCGUAAAGUCAACUUUCCAUGAUGAGCUUAGGGGUACGACUUUCUGGCCAGAGCUGUAUGAUGGCAGGGCUAUCAUAACCCAGUCUUAUAAGGACCAUCUCUCGGGUAUGUCUAUCGAUGAGAACAAGACAAAGUUUGACGAGGCAAAGAAUGCUGGAGAUGAUUCAAGGCAGAUGACAUGGGCCGGCACGGGUGUUGGCUUGGUCAAAGACGCAAUUCCGGCGGCCGACAUCGUUAGGAAUACGAGGGAGGCAGCGAAACAAAGACUGCAAGCUCUCAGAUUCGCUUUUGAUGACGAGGGCAAGGACUCAAAGGACAAAUCAUGGGUCAAGGAGUUGGGCCACACUCUAUACAAACACAAGUGA